UAGUCUGAUAUCUCAGAUUCCGAGCGAGUAAAACCCUAGCCGCAGCCGGGAGGGAGAAGAAUUCAAUCAAAACCUUCGAAGAUGACUCAAAAGGGCGAUCUUUUCAAAGGCCAAAAGAAGAAGAAGUCAAUCCCUCCUAAUCGCCAUGGCAAAGUCCCUAAAACUCGCAAAGGGAAGAGAGUUGUGAAAUCAUCGAAAAACACAGAUGUGGAUCAUGAGCUAACCAAGUUCAUAAAUAACUGCAAUGAAGUAAAAGCUGCUACUGUUGCUACCAAGGAUGGUGGCCAUUUAAGUAUAGUUAAGCCACAGGUUGAGUCCUCUAAUGCAGCAAAGUAGAUUCUCGUCGGCCAGUGGUUUAAAAGGAGCAAAAGGUGCUGUUUAUUGUUUGCAUGUAAAAGCCAAAAUUUUGACCAUUUUCUUAGUGUAAAAGCGUUGUUUUAGAAGCAUGUUUUGUUUCCAUUUCUAUGAAAAUCUUCAGUUGUGUUUAUCCUUCCUGGUCUGCUCUUCAUUCAAGUGAUGAAAUUCCUCUACU